AAUUUGAUUAAACAACAACAUGGAAGCAUGGCAAGAUUAUGAGGCACCAAAAGAAGAGCUCCCAGCAGCACACAAACAAAACAGUAGCAUACAAAGAAACAUGCCAGCAACAAAACAAGUAGAGUAUCAAUCUUCUGGACAGCCUUCCUUGCGAACCAUGGAACACCCAACUUGGUGCACGUAUGAGCGAGGAAACCCAAGGGUUGUCAUCUUUGGACAUGGAAUAUUAAGCCAAGACUUAGAGCUAGCACGGAGUGUCCUCACAGAACCCACAAGAGCAGCGCCAAGGUACCAUACAAACAGUGAACAAAGGACUGAAGGGCAGCUACAAACACAAAAGGAAUUCAGACAUGAGGAGCUGCAGGAAGGGCCUUUGUUAAGGAAGCAUUUGAAACUACUGCACAGCUAUGGGAUCUCAACGACUUUCAACUUGGAUGAUUCAAAAAAGCAUGAGAGCAACGCAGAAUUGAGGACAAUUCUGUUUAAAGAAGGAGGGAUUGAUGCAAUUAUUGAUAGCCCACAAUCCAAAGCAAAGGAAGAAAAGCAUAAUUGCAUCAUUGCACUUGCAAAGCCCAUUGAACCUAUUGAACUUGCUGAUUUUUGCUUGAAGACUAAGGAGGAUCAUUUUCAAAUUGGAUUAAACAACAACAUGGAAGCAUGGCAAGAUUAUGAGGCACCAAAAGAAGAGCUCCCAGCAGCACACAAACAAAACAGUAGCAUACAAAGAAACAUGCCAGCAACAAAACAAGUAGAGUAUCAAUCUUCUGGACAGCCUUCCUUGCGAACCAUGGAACGCCCAACUUGGUGCACGUAUGAGCGAGGAAACCUAAGGGUUGUCAUCUUUGGACAUGGAAUAUUAAGCCAAGACUUAGAGCUAGCACGGAGUGUCCUCACAGAAUCCACAAGAGCAGCGCCAAGGUCACGUGUUCGCCAGCUGUUUGAUAGUGGCUGA